ACCAUGCCUGCAGAAGGAGGAAAAACAGACAUGGAGAGGAUUGGCCUCUUCAGUGAGAUGGAGUAUAUAACUGUUGGUGAUAAGUAUGUGUCACGAUUUAAUCGACCCUUUAAUGAGGCUGCAAGCAAAAAUAAACAGAUGCUACCUGGGGGAUCCAAAGCAAUGUCAGAUCUCCAGGCAGGUUAUUUUGAUCCCCAUUUUGUAAGAAUUUUUGAAGGUGAAAGCUAUGUAAAUAUGAAUCAAGUGAGGAGACAGCACAUGAUGCAAGAGGCCAAAAAAAAUCUCGGCAAAGCCUUCCUCCCUAGUAGUGGAAAUAAAAAGCCAUCUGGAUUAGGAAGCUACUAUGGAACCAUAGGUGGCCCAGUUCCAUUCUUCAGUGCACAGAAAAAGCCCAGAGUAAAAUAUGAGGCACCUGGAAAGAAUUUAUACACAAACCCAGGAAAGAAGGGAACCGGCUAUGGCUAUGCAAAUAUUACUAUAGGUAAACAGUUUUCACACUCUGCAGAUCUGUAUGAUGCACCAAAAGAAAAUUAUAAGAAAGAGAAUGAAGAACACCUUCGUUUACUUAAAGGAACACCUUUCAAGUUAAAUCUUUGCCCACGGGAAUAUUUCGACCCCAAUCCUUAUUUUACUGAGAAUCCUUUACCACCAAUUAAAAAACUAGAGACAAAAGAAACAUCUGGACCUGCUUUUAAACCCUCUUCUCCUGGUAAAAAGGCUGGUGGAAUGAAGGCAGGAACGUUUGACCCUUACCCUGCACAUUCUGCUGACCCUUACAUGGUUAAGUUGGACAAUCAGAUUGCCAGCAAAACUGUCAAGAUAUUUCAUCCACCAGGUGGACCAAAAAGCAGACCAGUUGAAAGUAUAAUGACUUUGAAUGUCAGAAGGGCACUAAAUAUGAAGAACUACAAGACUGCUUCAAUACAGUCCUAUUAGCAUCUGGAUGACAGAAGCUUUCUAGAUCCCGACUAUAGCAAUUCAUUAUGAAGAGCUAAUUAUUUGGGGGAAAAAAUAAGAUGUAGAGGUAGCUUAAGCAUUUAAAUGAAAUUUAAGCCUGCAACUC